CAUGAAGUGGAGUCCAUGGAAAAAUUAUCUCCUGACCACUCUGGACCAAUGGCAGAGCCAGAAGGAACAGCAGUGCCACCAAUAUGGGCACAGACUGGAAAACCCAAGCCAUUGACACAAAGCCUUGGCUUUCCAUCAGAACAAAAUGAUGCAGCAAUCAAUGUCUCAUCUGGACUCACUGAAACUGCAUACGAUGGGAAUGUUCCUAAACCUCUGCUUAACGUUGCGGUCAGUUCUGAUGGGGCCUGCCAGUACCAUGACAUUAUCCUGGCAAACAAGGAGAAUCAUAUCAGUUGUAACUGUUCAGACAUCAGAGGUAAUCUAACCAACUUUAUGUCCAGUGCAGCAACUCACGAGGCUGAUCAAGGCUUUGAGUUCCUUGAAGAGCUCAUUCAACGAUGCCUUUAUCUACACAUGCAGUGCACAAAAGAAAUGGAUCAAAUUUACAAGUACAUCAGUUUUUGGGAGGAUGACUUUAUGGGUGAAUUUGAAGAUAAAGAAGAUACCGACGGUGAAUACGAUGAAAGCAUUGAACAUUGUAAGACCAAAAAGGGAAUGAAUGUCAUGUCACAUGUCAGGAGCUUCCUAACACAGAACUUCAGGGAUACCAGAUUCAUAAUCAAUUCUACAACAAUUUCAACAGAAGAACAGAUGAACACAAUCAGCAGUGGAGAUGGGCAAAAUAUGAACAUUGAAAUCAUGCUGCCAAAGGAAGUCUUUCAAAAAGCUAAGAAUUAUGACAAAGCAAAGAUUGCUCUCACAUGGUUCAACAAAUCAAACAUUUUUAAGGUUAACAGCAACAGCCAACUUCUGCAUGAUACCGUGAUUGGAGUAAGCAUGUGGAAUGCCACCAUUUCUGACCUCAACCAACCAUUCACAAUGACCUUUAAUCAUAAGCCUAGGUCAAAUAAUGAAACCAGAGAGUGUGUUUUCUGGGAUAUGAGUAAAGGAAAGCAGAAAGGAUGGAAUAGUGAUGGCUGCAAAACGUAUGAAGAGAUCAGCAAAACCAUCUGUGAAUGUACACACCUGACAUUUUUUGCUGUGCUGCUGAUUCAGAGCACUACUGCAUCCAUGCCACUAACGUAUAUCUCCUAUGUCGGCUGUGGAAUUUCUGCUGGCUUUGCACUAUUUACCAUCCUUCUGUACCUUCUCACCAGACACCAACUGAAAUGUGAUAAUUCUACUGCAAUCCAUAUAAACCUGAGUGUGGCACUCCUUCUGCUGAACCUCACUUUCUUGCUGAACUCCUGGCUUGCAUCAUUUAAUAUAGAUGGCUUGUGCCGAUUCAUUGCCAUAUUCAUGCAUUUUUCCCUCAUUGGCUGCUUUUCCUGGAUGGGACUUGAAGGCUUUCACCUGUACCUCAUGAUAAGGAAGGUCUACAACAUCUGCAUCAAGUUCUACCUGUUGAAGUUAUGCUUGAUUGGUUGGGGGAUUCCAGCUUUAAUGAUCACAGUAAUCGGUCCCAUAAAUAAUCCUUCUAAAUACGGACGCAUCAGCUUCACAACAGGAGAUAACCAGACUUCUUCUAGCAUGUGCUGGAUAUUGGAUCCACUGGUUCUCUACAUUACAAACUGGGGCUAUUUAGGUCUUAUCUUCAUCUUCAACACUGCUGUCUUGGGACUUGUAUGCUAUGAGAUACAUCGUCUACGAUGUUCCAAUAAAAUGAUGCAGGAAAAGACGAAAUGGUGGAAAGACAUGCUCACCAUUUUUGGGCUUGUGUGUCUGUUGGGAUCAACAUGGGUAAUGGCUUUCUUUGCAUUUGAUAUCUUUAAGGAGGCCACCAUGUACAUCUUCACCAUUCUGAAUUCUUUGCAAGGUGGCUUUUUGUUCGUUUGGUUCCUUUUGAAUCAUUCUGCUAGAGUGAAGAUUAAUGCCUCAGAAGAAAGGACAAAAAGCAUCUCUUCGCCUCAUCCUGACCCACCUAAGAUCAAAUUAUCACCUUUAAAGAAAAUAUAGCAUUUUAUAUAUAUAUAUUUCUUUAAUUUAAUCCAUUUAUGUUUUGUGCUCUAAACUGUUAGAGGCAUUCCAGGCAGUCAGAAUUAACUUUUUAACAACUCAGUGGCGGUGAACCAAGAAUUGUUGUUGAAGUUGUAUAAAGCAGUUUCAUAAAAAAAAGUGUAUGGGAUAUUGGCAAAACACAAAGAUGGCACCAUUUGUUAUAGCCACAGUUUAGACAGGGAAAACACUGUCUGAGAGACUUCAGCUGUAAAGAAAGUGUUGCUCAUACUCAAGACACCAUGUACUAAAGGUGAAGCAAUAAGAAUUAAAGUUAAGAACUCAGAUUUAA